ACUCAUAGUUGAUACUUGAUAGUACCGAAAAACCAUUUCAAGCUUUGUCCGAUAAGGAAGAAAAAAAAGGUGUGACACUUAUCCAUGGCAAUUUGCAGAUUGAGAGCUUCACUGUCUCUAUUGAAAACCAAAUCUCCAUUCUUUCACCAUGUUCCACUUCAUGGAUUCUCUUCUUCACAACUAUCAUCCCAGUUUGAGAAUCAAACUUCUAGUUCAAAUGGGUUAGAUGAUGAUGAACAACUCAAUGAAAAGAGUGUAGGAUUCAUAGGGCUGGGAAAUAUGGGAUCCAGAAUGGCAAAUAACCUGAUCAAGAAUGGAUACAAAGUGGCUGUUCAUGACAUAAACUGUAAUGUCAUGAGGAUGUUUUCUGACAUGGGAGUUCCAACGAAAGAAACACCAUUUGAAGUUGCAGAAGCAAGUGAUGUUGUUAUAACAAUGCUGCCAUCUUCAUCUCAUGUAUUGGAUGUGUACACUGGACCAAAGGGUUUGCUUCGUUGUACAAAUCCCAUGAGACCACAAUUGUUAAUAGAUUCAUCUACAAUUGAUCCCCAGACAUCGAGAAAAGUUUCUGUUGCAGUAUCUAAUUGUAUUCUAAAAGAAAAGAAAGGUUACUGGGAGAAACCUGUCAUGUUGGAUGCUCCUGUUUCUGGAGGUGUUCUUGCUGCAGAAGCUGGUACACUUACUUUUAUGGUUGGUGGCUCUGAGGAUGCUUAUCUUGCUGCGGAACCCUUAUUUCUUUCAAUGGGUAAAAAUGCAAUUUAUUGUGGUGGAGGAGGAACAGGUUCGGCAGCAAAGAUUUGCAACAACUUGGCAUUGGCUGUGAGCAUGCUAGGGGUAUCAGAAGCCUUUGUUCUUGGUCAGUCACUUGGAAUUUCUGCUGGUACCCUGACAAAGGUUUUAAACACUUCAAGUGCUCGGUGUUGGAGUAGUGAUAGUUAUAAUCCAGUUCCUGGAGUGAUGGAAGGCGUGCCAGCUUCAAGGAACUACGCUGGCGGAUUUGCAUCUAAGCUCAUGGCUAAGGACUUGAACCUUGCUGCAACAUCAGCCAAGGAGGGUGGUCUUCAAUGUCCUCUGACAUACCAAGCACAAGAGAUAUACACUGAGCUGUGCAAGGAUGGACAUGAAAGCAAGGACUUCUCCUGUGUUUUCCGCCAUUAUUACGGAGGCCAGGAUGAACUUUAGCUGACCAAAGAGUGGUUUCUAGUAGCAGAUAACAAGGGCCCUAGUGUUCAUAAACUCUGAAGGUGGAACCAUUAUUAGAGCUAGUGAAUUGAUUGCCUCGUUCUGUAUGAAAUAAAUUGUCACUGACAGGAACUGUCUCCCUUUGUGAAGCUUGGUGACCAUAUCCAUCAUGAAUCACAAACUUUUACAAUACAGAAUGCUUCAUAUAGAGAAGGGCUAUAUGUUCUUCCUUUUCUGUCCACCUUAAUUUCCUUGACAAAGGGCAAGAAACACUCGUUUUGGAAGACA